GGAGUUGUCUCCCUUGGUUACUACAUAAACAGGGUGGAGGAGAUAUGUUGUGGUUUAAAUGUGACGAAAUUUUGCCUGGAGUGUCCUUGGCUCUCCUCUAUGUCGCCCUGUGUCUCUCUGGUAUAUUUAUCUACAUGGAGAACGAAGUGAUAGAAGACGUUGAGAACAGCUGCAAAAUUCCACUGAGUGCUGAGGAAAACAUUGAAAACUUCCGCCGUAAAAACUAUAGCGCCUUUGUAGUUGGGUACAGUGGAGAAGUGGGCCGACACCUGUUGGAGGCCCUUAACCGGGCCAAAGUAUUCAAUAGGGUUGUUUUGAUCGGACGUCGGACGAUAAACCUUGACCAUAUUGGUCCUGAGUUUGAACAAAAUGUAGUUGACUUCAACCUUCUUGAAGAUUAUGCUAAUCUUUUUAAAGGACUUGAAUAUGGUUUUUGUACCCUUGGCACCUCACAUGGAUCCAUCCAGUCUGCCGAAUUUGUCCGAGUUGAUCACGAUUAUGUACUGAAAACUGCGGAGAUUGCUAAAGCCAAUGGAUGUAAACAUUUCUCAGUUGUGUCUUCGAAUGGAGCGGAUAGGAACAGCAAUUUCUUUUACAGGCGAGCAAAGGGUCUUAUGGAAGAAACUUUGAAAGUUAUGCAUUUCCAGAGACUCUCCAUAUUUCGACCAGGCGUUCUGUUAUGCGAUCGUGCAGAACAUCGGCCUGGUGAUACAAUAUUCCAGAAGAUUCUGCGACCAGUUGCAUACUUCUUCCCCACAGCCGUCACCCUCCCUGUGGAGACAGCUGCUGUUGCUAUGUUGAACAACGCAAUAACACCUACAAACAGAACAUUGGACGUCUUCGAGAAUAAAGCAAUCCAUGUAGUUGCCGGUAUGGCACAGCAGUUCUGCCCACCGCAAGAACCUAAGAUUUCAGAAGAAAAGACUGCAAACAAGAAGGAACCAGAAUCAGACCUUUGAAGAAAUGUCAGAGAAAGAAAUGAAAUAUGGAAUAUUUAAAUUGUGAUUUUUUUUCAGCCCCAAGUAAAGAUAUUUCUGUAUUCUAAAUCCAUUAUUGCUAACCCACAAUUUGAAACUUCAACCGUUCCAUAUAAUUUAUUUAUUUAUUUAUCUUAUUAACUUAUUUUAGUGCGAAUGAGUUUAUUUAUUGUUUUGAAAUCUAUAGAUUUAUUU